ACGGAGAACCCAGCCGCCAAUAUCAUCACAUAAAUUGGUCAUCUACCCCGCUCGUCAUCCACUCUUCUCUUUUCCCCUAGACAUCCUCCGUGCCAUCUCUUCCUCCGUUUACCGCGACUCUAUCAGUAUGUUGGCGUCCAUCGUUCCCGUCGUCCUGGCCUUCGCUGCCUCCGUCUCCGCCCUAUCCGCCGAGGUCCCGGCUUGUGCUAACACUUGUGCUUCGAGCGUGACCUCCGGGUCUUGCGCCGCGUUCGAUAUCUCGUGUUACUGUACCACUGACAGCUACAUGUCUGACAUCGCAGCCUGUGUUAUUUCCUCCUGCCCCCAGUCCGACGUAAACACCGCCCUCGAACUCGCCUACCAAGCCUGCGAAGCCGUCUCCGUCGAACUCCCCGCUCCCUCCGCCGCUCUCUCCUCCCUUGGCGUCUCCACCGGCUCUGUCACCCUCCCCGCAACCUUCGACGGUGUGACUUUUGCUACUGCACUUCCUGCUCCCUCCGGUGCUGCUGCAUCUGCCGCGUCUGCUGCAAGUGGAAGUGGGAGUGCGAGUGCUGCUGCCAGUGCGUCUAGCAGGGCGAGCAGCGUUAGCAAUAUGGUGUUGAGUGGAUCGAGGUCCACGGCUACUGCGGUGGCGUCGAGUGUUGUUGCUGCGAACAGUGGUGCAAUGGGUCAGGGAUCUGAGAACCGUGUGAUGUUGGCUGCUUGUGUCGUCUUGGCCGGUGUUGGUGCCGUUAUGGCUCUCUAAUUCGAUGCGA